AGCCAGGGAGAUGGCGUGGAACUUUCUUCUGAUGUGGGGAAUAUUAACUUCACUCAUGGCAGCAGAUUAUGCAAGAGAAGAAUGCCCACAUCCACCUCAAAUUGACUUUGCCUCCUUUGAAACGCAAAUUUAUAUGAAGGGCACAAUCCUAGACUGUUCCUGUAAACCUGGUUAUGAUAGGGAGGAAGGCACUCCCUUUCUCAUUGAGUGUGAAGAUACACAAGGGCAUCUUUCCUGGAAUGAUAAGUGUCAGUGUAAGGGUAAAUUCCCUUGGAACCAAGAAGAACAAAGUGUUGCAAGUGCUCCUAUUAACCCUGGAGAACAGACAGACAGAAGCCAAACAACUACAGACAACAAACUUCAAACUUAUAGCCUCACAAGUCACUGUCAGGAACCUGUACUUUCGAAACAUGCUAGUGAAACAAAGAGUUAUCGAUUUGUGGUGGGGCAGAAGCUUCAAUACCGGUGUCUUGAAACAGCCAAAUAUAAGGGUACUGCUGAGAGUAUCUGCAGAAACACCAAUGGAAAACUAACAUGGAGCGAUCCUCCUCUGAAAUGCACCAAUGUCACUUCCACUGAAACAUCUGUACCAUCUUCAUUUACUACAGAACAUAAGAUAGCAGCUUCCACUGAAACAUCUGUACCAUCUUCAUUUACUACAGAACAUAAGAUAGCAGUUUCCACUGAAAUGUCUGUACCAUCUUCAUUUACUACAGAACAUAAGAUAGCAGUUGUUGCUUGCAUUUUCCUGAUGAGUUUUGUAAUCUUCCUGGUCGGCAUCACCUGGAGGAAAAAAUGGAGGAGACGGCGAACUGACAAAGAAAAGUCCAGAAAAAGAGAAGUAAGAAGCCAACAAUACUGUGGCAAGAAUCACAUGCCUGACAAUGCUGUAGGACUCUUGUCUGCUUAGUGUGCUAGAAGCCUUUCUUGUUUUUCCCUGACAUCCCAAGGAGCAACCACAUAAGCUAAAUGUUCACCUGUCAAGCCAAUAUUAAUGGCAGCAAAUCUUUCAGUUAUUGGCGUAUUUGAUCCCCUGGCUUAAGAGGGAAGACACAGCUCCAUAGUUACAUCAAAAACAAAGAUCAGCACCCAUUAGGAAUGCUUUACAGAAUAAAUUUUGUGUUCUAUCAGCUUCUAAACAUAGUCCAUCUUGAUCCAUUUGUUGUGACAAGCUGGUGAGCUCUCUACUAAUAUGCCCUAGUAGAGAGAGAGAAAAAAAUAGAGCUCUUCACUAGUCUAAAAUAAUAACUUUCCUUUACGUUACGCUUUGAUUCCAUUCAUUCAUUCAUUCAUUCAACAAAAUGUUUAUUAACCAAUGGCUGUGUACUGUGCUGAGCCUUGAAGAGAUACAAAGAUAAAUAAGACUUGCUUUCUGCCUUAAAAGAGAUUUUUAUUUGGUUGUGGGGUGACAGAGAAAGGACACGAACACACACACCCAUCUAAUACUUUGUAAUGAUUUUUCAGUUUUAUUGCAUGUUCUUUUCAUUCUCAAGGGGAUGGAAUAAUGACUAAUAUGUUUGACCUGACUUCCCAGGCUUAAGGGCAAAUGAGAGGAGAAUGACCAUUUUUAAAUCACCUGCCUACUUGGAUCUACUGUUUAACCCCUAAUCCCUCAUCUCUAGCCUACCCUUGAAACUUAUAGCACAAAUAAACUACAUAAUCUUC